UAGAAGCGCUUGCAACGUCUGUGCAGCCCUGGGAACUUCUUUCUGUAGCGCUGAGUGUUUUGCUCCACACAGGCUGUUGGCGGCCAUGAGUGGCAGCUCCCGUAAUGCUUUUCUAUUCUUUCUUCAAGUCCCUGGUAGGUAAGGACAUGGUGGAGGAGCUGAAGAAUGACUUGAGUAUAUGUGGGGCCCUAUAUUCUGUGGAUCAGUAUCUGAACAUCAAAUUCACAGACAUCAGUGUGACAGACCCUGAGAAGUAUUCUCAUAUGUUGUCUGUCAAGACCUGCUCCAUUCGUGGCUCAGUUAUCCACUAUGUCCAGCUUCUGGCCAAUGAGGUCGACACACAACCAUUGCAGGAUGUCGCACACAAAGAAGCAAAGAUGCUGCACACAGCAGAAACAGGGAUGGUUUCCCUGUCUUUUUUUGUGCUGCUUGAUUUGCCCACAUACAUCAGAAUAUGUGAUCUGUCCAUGUGGCACUGGCCUUAG